AUGGCCGACAACAACAACAACAACGGCAACCAGUCCGGCGCAAACCAAGAACGACUGAACUUUAUAGACUCCUAUCCCUACAACGCAGCCCCCUCCAGCAAUGUUGUGUCUACCUUUAUGAAUGAUGUCUUCGCGCCAGCCGCCGCAACCCGCCCACAGGCCGCCUCUCGUGCCAUAGCCUCUCUAUAUGCCUCUGUCGAAGGCCACGGCCGGCACCUGCACGCACAGCUCCGUGAGAACCCCGACGUCGCCGCCAAGGACAUCAGAGCAGAGCGCGCCAAUGCGACGCUUCAGGACCGCUGGGGACCGCACCCCUGGGUCCCCGCCGCUUAUGCUCCCAGGCCCCCGAUUGCCCCCCUCAUUAUUCGUAAAAUGGCUUGGAUUACCGACAAGGUGCUCUCCCGCCCCGGCGCCACCGCCGACGACCUCGCUGCCCUCUGGGCCGGGUCUCCGAGAGACCCAGAGAAUGCCGGGCUGCUGCUGCGUACCCUGGUCACCUCUGGUGCCUCCAACCUCACCAAGACUGUGGCUGUCCAGGCCGCUAAGCUCCUCGAGGCCGAGCUCCAAGCUGCCGACGCCGAGGCUGCGAGGCUCCAGCGCCUGGGCGCCCAAGCUGCCGAAGAACGGGACUGGGCCGAGAUGGAGCUCCUGGACCCCGACGACGACGCCGCCCAGCGCAUGCUGGCCUUGCACGAGGCAGAGUUGGAGGAGGCUGAGGAAGAAGCCGAGAUGCUGCGGCUGGUUCAGGAUGCCGAGGAGCAGCUGCGUCAGCAGCAGGAAGAGGAAGAAGAAGAAGAACAGCCAGAAGAGACCGAAGGCAGCCGCCACUACGACGAGGCUUUUAUUAUGCAUAGCGGCAAUCAGGACAACGACAACUUCUUCGGCUAUGAUGCUGACGGCCCCAACGACGAUGAGCCUGCGCUCCCCCAGACCAGCCCUCUGAUGUCCCGCCCCAGGCCUGAGUCCGACUCUGAGUCUGACGCCCCGCCCCGCCAACGCCGCCGCACCGCCACCACCGUCUCCUCCGAGUCCGAGUCCGAGCCCGAGUCCGAGCCCGAGCCCGAACCUGUCUCUGACUCCGAUACGUCUUCCUCGCCUGCACCCGCGCCCGCCAGCCGCCCCCGCCGCCCUCGCCGCCCCAGAUCACCGGCCGCCGACCAACAGGAGGAGAUAGAGAGAAUCGCGGAGAGUAUUUAUAGAAGCACCAUGUCCCAGCUCAGGCAGGGAGCUUUUACAAGGCACAUGCCGCUGGCCGACCGCCGGGAUAUCGCGUGGCGCGCGCGCGCCGGUAUUCUGGACGCCGCAGCCAUCCGGGACGAGGGCAUUGCCGAGCCUAACAAUGAACCCCGCGUCGGCCAGACAUUUGAAGACUACCUGGACUCCGAGGACGACGAGAUGUGGGCUUGA